AAAUAAAACUGUUAGAUUAUUUCACCAAUCAGAAUGUUUUUGCCCUCGACUCGCAAUGCAUGCGAUUUUCAUAAUAAGGCUGGGCUGUGAGAGGGUUUGCGAGGCGGUCACAUGAACAUUGUUAGUUGUGCCAGGUGAUCGUAGGUGAAAUGAUGAGUUAAGGUUAGCAUUGAUAGGUCCGCGUCCCCGCUCCCUCCCUCCUACCUCCGUCUGUCAUCGACUUACGCGGAUCUCAUGGCGCUUCGUUCGAAAAAGCUAGCAUUCCAUAUCCUAUGGCCUCGGUCAAGCAGCGAGUGACGGUGAUCCUGCGCUCAGUCGGAGUCGAGGAGGUGGACAGUGGUCAUCACAACGUGGACACAGCCAGCUUCUAUGUGGCAGCAACCGACUCAAGGGAGAGAUCUGAGAAUCGGGGGGAAAUCAGCUGAUGGCGUCGUGCUCACCUCACCAAGGCGGAGGAGGCCGGAGAAGAGGCAUGUGUAAAUGGUUCAACGUGGCCAAAGGAUGGGGCUUCGUGACCCCAGAUGAUGGAGGGCAGGAUGUAUUCGUACACCAGUCGGUCAUUAAGAAGUGUGGAUUUCGGAGCCUGGGGGAAGGUGAGGUCGUCGAGUUCGACAGCAAACCCUCAGACAAGGGGAUGGAAGCUACCCUUGUGUGCGGCCCCGGGGGUACGGAGUGUCGGGGUAGUGACAGAAGACCACAAUCAAGAAGGAAAUUCAGGAAAAUCAGAUGCUACAACUGUGGCGAAAUAAGCAACCAUAUUGCUGCUAAAUGCCCAUGUGGCCCCCUGACGAAACGCUGCUAUAACUGCCGUUCUGAAGACCACCUCGUGGCCGACUGUCCACACCAACAGCAGCAACAACAACAACAGUCCCACGUCUUUACCUCACCUACCACCUUAGGCAGGAAGGGACGCAAUGGAAACAGCAACGGGAAUGGCUACGACAGUGGCGACCCGUCCAUGGGAAUGCCCCAGAUCGGUCCAGUAUGACGUCAUACGGCGUCGCUAGGCAACGUUGAUCAGAAGAGGACAAGGGCGGGUUUUGAAUUGUCGCCCCUGUUUGUUACUAGAAACAAACUUGUUACGCUGUAGUGAAAUACGAACGAUUUGACUGUCAGUGUAUGACAUAUAUGCCGCCAUAUUUGCUCCAAACCACGUUAUGCUGAUCUCAGUAGAGGCCACGUGCUGACGUGAUUCCACGUGAUUGUUGUGGUGCUAUGUUGCAGGAUAUGGCCAGACUGACAAGCCCUUGUCACCUCUCAUAGAUUGGCGUCCAUAUUUAAGUUGUGGAUACCCGAGCGAGCUCGAGUGUGAGUCUCGUGUCAGUUACAUUCUCCUGAUGUUCGUCGUUAGAUGUGAGAUGUGUUGAAGCCAGUAGUACAUUAGAUAUGUCAUGGGACAAGUACACCUUGCUCCCUAACACAUGGAUAUUAUCAAGCCAAAGAAAUAUACAAGUUUAUUGUGGAAAGUAAAGAUACCCCUAGCAACAUAUGAAGCUGUAUAUGCUGUCACGGAAACAGUAGUGAACGUGACGACGUCAUGGCGACGUGAUGCCGUCACGUCGCCAGCACGAAGUCGUCGUAAGUGGACAGAGAGUUGUGCAGAGUUCACCUCCAAGCUUACUGUGGACACAUCGGCGUAGGACUCGGGUAUCCGACCAGUGAACAGUGAUGUCACCUGUGACGUCAUGCCCAAGGCAUUCAGUGACGUAUCAGCUACCUCAAACAGCCACUCGCUAGGGGGGUUGUCAAAACCUGAGCACAAGAGAGUAUGGCUCGCUGGACCAAGUGGGGGAUGGAGGGAAGAGGGGUUAAAAGAGGGGAGGAGAAGGGAAAGGAGGUCGGUGAGCGGGUGGGUGUGCACAGAUUUACUCCAUCAUCUAUCUACCUCACUGCCCAGAUUCAGGUAUCUAAAGAUGCUGUCUCACUUGAACGCUCGCUGAAUCAGUAUUCCAUUAUGAAUACAUGGUAGUCGUGGCACCAUGACUGUCUCUAGGCGUCGUGCGAUAUAGAUUUGACUUCAAUAUCUAGAUUCAUGCUUCAUUUCUGUUUUAAACAUUUCGUUUUUCUACGUUUAUUCGGUACACUUUGUGGAAUGAUUGUGCAAUAUUUCAAAAUCAUGUUAAUUGUUUCCCCAGGACUGUUCAUCCUCAUUCUAUGAAUGAGUACCUAGAUAUGCAGGAACCUGAUUAUCAAAAUGGUACUCAAUAUCAAACGUGAGACAGCGUCUUUACUAUAUAUUAUUUUUGCGGAGGUACGUUUUUUUCUAGAUGUAAAUUGUACAACAUUUAUGUUGGGACAUGUUAAAUUUUAUUUUGUUGAUGAUUUUGUAUUGCGUGACGUCAUCUUUGGUGGAGUCGUUGAUUUUUCAAAGAUUUGUCUCCUAGUCAUUCUGGUACUUGUGAGUUGUCGCCCUUUGUUUCUCAUGCGCCGUCGAGAAUAAUACGUGUAGGUCCAUAUACCACUGAUAAUCAAAAUAACGCAAAUCAAUAGGGAUCUAGGCCCGAUAAGGGAUCCUUGAGCUGAGACUAAUGUAAUCCGAAUACUCUAACAUGGACAUACAUUAGUCUUAGAACUUGGACCGCUUUGUGCAAGCGAGGCCUGAUUUGGUGAGAAUUUACAAAAUGGCGGCGUAUGUGAAAGAAUGGAAGAUGACACGCUGGCCGGAUCCACAGCUACGUAUGCCAAUGGUGAAGAAAGGGAGUCGAUAACCAGAGUAGAAUUUCACACUGUCAUAUUUAUGAGAAACGAACGACAUCGAUAUUUUCUAAACACAAUCGAAGAGUUACUGGCAGCACAGACGUGGGAUGUGAACCCACAAUUUUAUGGUUUAGGAGGCAUGCCCAGUAAACACGCCGGGCAUGCGCAAUCAUAUCAAACUUUACAGCCGAGGCCGGUGAAUUGUAAUCCUAUUUUUAUACAUUUAACUUAUAUCUUAAUCUGUCCUUAAGUCCUUGAACAACAACUGAGAGAAAUUUGUUGCAAAAUGGUUGUUUCAAUAUUUCGUAUUUCUCGAAUGAAAACGGUAACAGGAGUACAAUGUUUUAAACAUUAUAAACUACAAAAUAUUUCAUCCAAGCAUCAUUUUUACCAUUGUGUUUGGACCACUAUACAAAUGGUUGGGAUCAAAAUAUUAACUGGAGAAAUACCAUGUGCAUUAAUGGGAGUAUGUCAAAAGUUUCCAAAGUACAUUGGUUGGCGGAUAACAGUGAUAGUUCGGAAUACCACAUGAACUAAAACAUUGUUUGCUGAGCAGUGGCUGUAGGUUGAGGCGACGUCAGUUCAACCGACUGUUUGGGAACUUAUGAAAUGCUCCAUGUAUUCAUAUAGCAUAAAUUCAGAACAUCACAUGGAGACAUUAUGGCAAUCUUGAGAAUAAUUCUUUAGCCUUACUAACACGAUGUCAACUGUAUUAUCACACAUGAGUGGGAUAUGUUGAUACAUCUUACGUUAUUCAGACAUUCUCUACAUACACUUCAUCUGAGCCAGGAUUUCAGUUCUCGUUCGUGACAGAAAAGAAGUUAUGGAGAACAUAGUAUAUCGUCCCUUUCUUUGAUCGGAUAAUUUAUUCACAUAUACCAACCAACAUUUUCAUUAGCAAACACUCUCCUAUGCAUGUUUUGGCAAUGGUAUUCUAUAAAAAUACAAUAUAGGCAUAGCUCCUGUGCGAGCGUAUUGACUAUCAGUUGGGUAUUGGCGAACGUAGAGGACAGUGCGAGAAUUGACCUUGAGCGGUGUGGUUGUCUAACCCAGGAAACUCCCAUAAAUCUUUGUUCUUUUACAGUACAAUUAUCUUGUAUAUUCUUGUGUGGGUGACAGAUAUUGUCAUUGCAUAUGUUGUGCGCAUUGCGAUAAAAUGCCCUUGCCAUUAUGCUUAGUGUAAUGUAGCUUAUUCGUAAGCAAGGUCAAAGGUCAGACUCUAAUAUUUGACAUGUGCGGUGUUUACUUUUUUUCAUUAGCUUGCCUUUCUUUGAAGAGUGCAUAUGUGUUAGCUAGUCCAUUCCUCGGUAUCAUUAAUCACAUUCGUGUUGUGAAGGAAACCGGACUUAGAACCGGUGUUGUUAGCCGUCAUAUUGGCGGAAACAUGUUACUUGGCGAUGUACGCAUGCGCUGAGACACGUGGUUCAGCUCGUGAAUGCUAAUGAUCCAAAGAUCUCUGAUUUGGGUAACUAUUUAAAGAUUUACAAUUUCCACUGUUAUAGCCCGCACGGUGUUGUACACCACUAUUAGCAAUUGUUGUUUAGGCUAAAAUAAAAAUACUUGCGUUUCCCGUAACCCGUUAUCUAACUUGGGAUCCUAAAACCUGUUCCACAUCUGCUACUAGUCGUCAAACAAAAAAUAAAAUAAAUGUAUGUACAUAUAAAACAAGUACCGAGAGACCAACACGUUUAUGUUAAGGACAUGUUACCUGAAACACAAGUAUUUCUUUUUAUUGCCUCAGAUCAAAGUUUAUUUUUCUAUUUUGGGCGAAAACAACGAUAGUUGAAAUUCAAAGUUAUUAACCGUAUCAGUAUGGCUGAGAAGUGUAUUCGCCUAUGGCAGUAACACAGCAGCGACAUCACAUUGUGUCAUUAUACCAAACACUAUACUAAAACCAAUGGAAACGUUUUCUUCAGUGUUCAAUGUUAUCACUCUCAAUCAUUGCUACGUUCUGGUAUUGUGGACAUUAUACUCUGUAAUAGAAAUAUCAGCCAGGAAGGGCAUGAUUGAUGUCCCCAAGGUUAAAUGUGUAAAUUAAAUGUAUUGGUACAUUCGCAUUACUUAUAAUGUGUACUUUAUAGUCAGUUUUAAGGUCAGUAUUGGUAUCGAAGAAACAAUACAAAUCACCCAUCGGGCUUUGUUAGACUUGUUAUGUACGAAAACCACCAGGCCUUCAUUUCUUGCACAUUUUGGAAAUAACAAUUGUAAAACGUUGAAAUUCUUUACUGAGCGUAUGUCUAGAAAGUCGUACACGUUUGGCCACGUACUUAAGAAUAACAUAACUAUGUAAUAUAAGAGCGAUUUUUAUGUAUGAAGUGCUUUGAUAAUGAAGAUAAAAAAUGGAACGGUUAAGCAUAAAUACCAAUUAGGACAAUAUCGAUUAUCUCCAGUAUAAGGAUACCACCACUGCCGCCAUGAUUUCCUUUCGUGGUAUACGUACCUUUGGUAUAACACAUAUUGCAGGGAUAUUUAUUGGAUGGGUGAGGUGUUCAAACGUGUGGUUCUGAGAGGGACAUGUAUUAUAGAGAACGUAAGUCAUGUAUAUAGUCAACUCGUGCACUGCCGUUCGGACUUGUUAAUGGCACUGAAUUCAGGUGGAUAGUCUGAUGUUAAUUGCCACAUAUAUUUAAUUACCUAGUUGUAGAAAUCAGUUGUGAGACACCAAUCUCCCCAGGUAUCUGUGCAGAUAUUUUUCCAUAUGUUUAUUUAAAUGUAUUUUUUCUACAAUCUCCAAUCAAUAAUUAGUGGUGAUAAACUACGAGUGUUCUCAUGAGUUUUUAUAUAUUUCUAAAAUAGUUUUACUCCAUGAUAUUAAGAAUGUUCUUUUUCACAGUUUGCAUAAACCACACUUUAGACUAGAAUAAUUGUAUUUAUUGCUUACUUUUGAAAUCGACAUUGAAAUAAUCAAAUCUUUGUCCCAAUUGUUUUACAAUUCUUUACUUGAUCACUUUGCCAAAGACGCACUACAUUACCGCGCGCAGUGUCUUCCGUCAUAAAUGUGUAGCACGUUCCUAGUGUAAGUAUUUCCGCUUUAAGCCACAUCCGGGGCUCUCAGGUGAACCAAUCUGAUAUUGAAAUAAGCUAGUAUGUUUAUUGUUAUGAAUUUGUAUUGUGUAUCACCGGGAAACCAGACUCGUGACUCUGUAUACGUUAAUAUAUGUUUACAAGAUUUAUGAUAACCAAUUAAAGGACAUUACGUCAAUGUUAUUCUUGCCUAAGUAUAAUUUGAUGAAUAUUACCUUUUCUGCUAUAAUAAUAUCUUCUGUAAUAUGGGAAUGUGUUGUGAAAUGUCACGUUGAGGUAAUAUUUGGGAUGAAUGAAAAACUAUAUUGUUGUGUACAGAGUCACGUAUUGGUACCGCAUAUCACUGUUUACAACAGAGUUCCAACCGCCCAUCAUCAUCAUCAUCUUCAUCCUUAUCAUAAUCAUCAUCGUUUUCAUCGUCAUUAUGAAACCCAUCAACUGUUCAACCUUUCAUUCACUCACCAGGAAGUUCAACUUUCCUGAAAACCUUAAAAAGGGUUUAAAAUCAGUCAGCCUCAACUAAAAGUUACCGGGUCGUCAUGGCAACAAAGUUGUUAAUAUGUGUACAUCGGAUCAUGUGAAACACUGCAUGGUAAAGGAGUCAGAAUUGUUAUCAUUGUAAUGUCAUUUAAGCAUUUAAUGAUACAUUUCGGGAGUUUUGAUACUAAGGUUGUUAUUUAGAAACGUAAGGCUAAAAGGAGUUGCCAAUCAUUUGCUGACAUUAAAGGAUGGACAAGUUGAGUCAUAAUAUAGGAGUUAUCUCCCCUUUUCUAAAUCUGCUGACUUCCCGUAAAAAACGAUUUUUGAAUGAUCAACAAAUUUUAACGGAUUGAUUGAGAUCCUCUUUGCUAAUUUACCUAUAAUUAUUGAAUGAGACGAUAAAAUACUGUGAAAAAGGUUCAGAUUGAAAUAAGUAAGGGGAGAUAACUCAAUUAUCAUAAUACAUACACAUCAAAUGACCCCUUCUUCUCUCGUUGAAAUAGUCGGAAACGUUCGAUCAUUUUCGGAACUCAUCGAUAGUUUACGGACAUGCCCGAGACUUUCCGAUUGUCACAAUAUAUCUCGAAAGAAGAAGUCCGAGUCAUCUCCACGGUCCCUGCCUGGGUCCUGGUCAGGACGAAUUACAACUCAGGGAUCACUCAUGCAUGAUACAUUUGCUCUUUGCCGGAUGGGGGCGCUCCUUUCGUGUCGCGCGAAUACCAUAUUUUCUCACCCCAUGUUAAUUCAUUGUGUACGAAUUCCAAAGCUAUGUGGUGAUUUUUUCCUUUUGCCCAUGCCAUUGUUUGAAUUAUAUUAAACCAAAGUACCUCGCGCGCUCCCAUCUGAGCAUGACGCAACGUCUCGAUGUAUAUUUAAUGCAAUAUGACUGUAAAAUGACCACAGCUGAAAAACAGAGUUUAUUAUUAAGUGUUAAACGAUAUGAUUAAAGCUUUAAAAGCUAUGGGGGAAAUUCGUGCGUUAAAUGUGAAAGCAAUCUAUAAUCGACAGUGGGGAUAUUUUGGUUAUGAUGUCACUUCCUGUUUUCCAGCCCUGGUCAGUCCUCAAUGUACAGAGUAGCCGUUUGUGUCGCAUAUACAACUUUUAGCCAUUGUACAAUUUAUUCCACGAUGUAAUUUCCAUUGUUAAGUCUCAAAGACGAGAUAAAGACGAUACAUUCAUCAAA